AGAGAUGCUGGAGUGUGUUGAGUGUUUAUUCAGGUUCACUUGCUCAUGUAGAACAUGUAUCCCAGCUUAUGUAUGUAAAAAGAAUGCUGUUUUACAUGAGUGUUAGCAUAUUUGUUCCUCCUCUGUCUCUCCGUGAAGACUGUAAACUCCUUAAAGUCCAUCGGCAGCAAUAACAAUCUGCAUAUCUAAACAACAUUUAAGUUUUCUGCUGAGUUUCCUUCCAGGAGCUUCUUCACAGGAAAAAGUCUGUCAGCCAUACUCAGGAUUUCAGAAACACUUGGUGGACAUGAGACUUUGUACUUCAUAGUCUUUCAGUUGCUCAAAGGGCAGGAUGAAAUAUGUCGGUGAGGCAGCUUUUACUUUUUUGCUCGGAGUCCUUGGAAACUUGUCUGCCCGACACAGCUGACAGUGUUGAUAUCUUUAUAUGGAAAACAAAGACCUCAGAUGUGAAACUGAUAUACAUGAACCUAAGUGCUUUGAAUGAUACCGUAUUGUAUCAUGUUUGAUGCAGAUGGUCUGAGAGGCGUGCACAGAUUAUAAUGGCUUCAUUUUUCUGCACUCAACCCUGGAAAAUCUUAGAAACUAAUCUCCUUUUCUCUCUCUCCCCCUCCAGCUCUCGCCCAGGCCGUCCUCCCAAGCGUUGUUCUGGUGCAGGGAUCCAGGAAAGCCCCAGGCUGCUUCACCCAGGCCUCCCUGGCCUGCUGUCCCCCAGCCUGCUGUCCCACACUGGCCUGACAGCUGCAGCCAUGGCCGAGCUCCAGAAGCUUCAGAAGAUGAAGAUGAUGAUGAGCCUCCAGAACGGUAAUGAGUCAGACAACGAGGACUUACACUCCAAUACAGGAGGAAGUGAGUGUUCCUGGGAUAAGGAGCGUCUGACCAGCCCCCCUGCUGGUGCCCACAGCGGAGGGUCGGGAGGAGGAGGAGGAGGUGGUGGUGGUGGAGGAGCACCACCAGUGGGAGGAGGAGGAGUAGCUGGUACUGGUGGUGCAGCGGGAGGUGCCGGGAGGGGGCCCACCUUAGGAGCUGUCAAUCAGCAACAGCAGCUCCAGCAGCAACAGCUACUGGCAAACAGGUUGGAUCUGCCUUUUAUGAUGAUGCCCCACCCUCUGCUGCCCAUGGGGCUGCCGCCUGCGUCUGUUGCCAUGGCGAUGUCACAGAUGAACCACCUAAGCACCAUUGCCAACAUGGCCGCUGCAGCCCAGCAGAUACACACUCACGUACACCGUGCACCUGUCAUCAAGGAGAGAGUGUGCGACAGCCCCUCGCUCUCCCCGUCUGUUGACGAAACCAAUACUCCUCUGCAGUCGCAGCCCAGCAGCUCAGCCUCCAGCUCGCCUGAAAGACUGGGACUGGUGUCAGCUGAUGCAGAUGUUGCGCUGACCAACUCUACUCCACCCAUCAAGAAAAUAACAAAGGACAAAGAGGAGUCUCCGCUCGGACAAACCCUGCCGCCCGGGUUUCCUGCUCCGUUCCUGUUCGCUGACGGCCUGUCGUCAGUGGAGACCCUCCUCACCAACAUACAGGGCCUGCUGAAGGUGGCUGUGGAGAACGCCCGGGCGCAGGACAAACAGAUCCAGGCGGAGAAGAGGGAGCUGAAGAUGGAGCUCUACAGGGAACGGGAGAUGAGAGAGAGUCUGGAACGACAGCUCACCUCUGAACUACAGAGCAGAGCCUCCAUCCAGAAGCGGCUGAAGAAGGAGAAGAAGGCCAAGAGGAAGCUGCAGGAGGCGCUGGAGUUCGAGUCGAAGAGGAGGGAGAGAGUGGAGGACGCUCUGAAACACUCGUCCUCGUCCUCCCCUUCUCCUGAGCCGCUGCACGCUGCCAACAACAACAACAACAAAAAGAACGACGCUGCUGUAGCCGAGGACAAACCUGAAGUUAAUGGGAACCAGCAAGACAACGGCGCUGUACAAGGUAUCCACACGCACACACAAGCGCGUGCUCAUUCAGACACAGUCACGCCGAUACACACACGCGCAAACAACAUGACGCAAAGUGCCAUACGUUAACAGAUACACACAUGGCAGGCACAUGUGUGUGUUGGGGCCCAUUUGAGAUCAGUGGAGAUGUUAAGCAGGCGCAGUGGCCUCCCUUUGAUGUGCACCUCAACAGACACGCAUGUGACGACGACUGUAAAUAUUUCACAGAGCUUACGUUUAAGUGUGUGACAGCUGCGUGUCACGGGGCUUUAAGCUCUCCGUGCUGGAAUUCCAGCGUGUCUUAGAUUUGACAGUAAAUAAUAUUCAUGGGAACUAAUCCUGCUUUUUCUUUUAGCUGUCCUGUAGAAACACAUUUUUCUAUAAAAAGACUAAAAGGACAUGUCAUUGAGAUACCAACAACAAGAAGAACAGAGUGACUGAGCUACUUGGCAAAGGCGACUUUGUAUCAAGGCUACUUGUUUGGUUUUUGGGCCAGUUUGAAAGUUCUUAUUGGCCCGUUAUUCUGCAUAAACACUGUUGGGAAACCAACUGAGCAACAAACACUGAAAAUUAUACUUGCCAGCCACUUCUACUAGCAGGCUGGAGCUCCUUGUACCUUCAGAACUGCCUUCAUUCUUCAUGGCGCACAUUUGACAAGGUUCUGGAAACAUUCCUCAGAGAUUUUGGUCCAUUGACAUGACAGCAUCACACAGCUGCUGCAGCCAUGAUGUGAAUCUCCCACUCCAUUUAAAAACUUCUUCACCUUAACUUUAUUUUGAAGUUCUAAAGCCUACCCUGACCUUAAUGGCUGAGAACUUGCAGGCUUUCAGCAGGUCAUCUUGACUAUGUCUGCAUACCUGGUAUGCGAUUGGCUGAUUAGAGUUCUGCAUUAGCAAGCAACUGACCAGGUGUAUCCAGAGCCAUUAAAUGGAAGAGUUACGUCAUCUCCGUUCAUUCCAGCGGAGUUUUGUUUUUGCUUUUUUACAGCAAUGGCAGAUCCUGGAGCCUUUCAGUAGUUCUGAAAGUUAUCAAAAUAUGCUAGGUGCGCGAUAAAGAUUUAAUAGCACAGAGGUUUCAUAUGCAGUGUUUCAACUGCCUUCUAUGCACCCGUACAUGACCCAUGUGACAACCCUGAAUUCUGAACUCCAGCUGACACAACUCUGACUUACUUAAGGGCUCUGGGUGUACCUGACAAAGUAGCUGGUGAGUUUUUGUCUGGACCAGUUUAAGGUUUUUAAGAAAUGUAUAAAGUUUUAGAAAAAGAUAAACAAUAUUUUUGGAUUAUUUUAAAAUCAAACUAAAGGUUGAACAAUUAAGAAAAUAGGGACAUGCUUAUUAAAAAGCCUGUCAUAGCAGAAGGUAGCUUCUGGCUGGGCCUGGUUGCUCCACAUGGCUCUUCCUGUCAUUGGGGACUUCUUUCUCCCCACCAUCACAAAGAGCUUACUCAGGGAGGUGGGGUAAAUACAGAAAGUAAGAGGAAAGAGAGCAACAACAUUAGAAACAUCCUUGACGAUCUUUUGGAAAUUGUUUCAAUUUUCAAAGACAAAGGAUAUUAUUUAACAAAGAUUUUGCAAAGUGAAGCAAAGAGGAAGAUCAAUCUUUAAGUUAAAAUUUGCAUUUAUUUGAGUUUACAUUUCUUCAAAAGUAGUGAGCUGUUCAGUGGAAGACAUUUUAAUAGAGUGCAGACUUUCUUAAAAGCGUAGUCAUUUAGAAAAUUCUUUGUUAUUACUCACAGCAAACACAUUUUAAAAGGAUUGUAGUAAAGUUAAUCAGCAUAUUUUGAGAGUUGCAGAGACUAAACAUAUGCCGAGUUAUUUUUAGAUGCCAGCAGCACUUGGUUAAAGAAAAGAUCCAAGUCUAGUUUAAAGACAAAUUCCAGAGUGAGUUUAUUUAUAUUUCACUAAAACCACAGUCGUGUCUAACUCAAGCAAAACUGAUUUCGUGACCUGCGUUUAACCUCCAGCCUGGGCUCAAAUGAGAGAGUCGCAAGCUCUGCGCUCCUCCUGACAACUUCAGUUCAAGAUGCCUGAAAGUGAGACGACAGUUUAGUCAAAUAGAAGGUUAAAGUGGGAUUUGGCAGUUUAGGAAAAAGUCACAUGCCUGUUUUCUGACCAGUGCUACUGCUGUCGCUGUGGGGGUUACUAGACUUUGUGGAUUUAGCCAGCUCCGUUCUGUGUUGUAUGGUGGGAAAGCUUGUUUGCACCACUGUAAGAAAAAAAUUACCCAUCCACAAGUCAGAAUUUCAGGUUAUUAUCUCAAAGUUUUAACUUUCUCAUUCUAAAUUUUGAGAUAAUAACCUAAAUUUUCAGCUUAUCUAUGCAAACAAGAAACAAGCUUCCAUAACUGUCAUACUGUCACUGGACUGUCGUAGUUUCAUGGCUGCUUUCCGGCUUAAAAUGAAUAAGCAAAUGCCAUCAUGAUCUAACCUAACCAACCUCAAAUUUUACUACAAGUACUUAUUAAAAAUUAUUACUCUCAACGAACCUUUAAAUAACAAAAAAUUGUUCAUUUAAAAGAUAUUUUUCAAUGUAAAAGAGCCAAAAUGGAACUUUAACAACACAUUAUAUAGCCUGUCUGAUUAAUGUAACUCAUAAAUAAAUGGCAAUACUCGUGUGGGAUUUAAAUUUCUUCCACUUUGUUAUUUUAAGUUGAUGAGCAGACUUUAUCCUUAAAAGCACCAUGACAUCCUCUGCUGCCCUGUACUUCUGGCAGCUCUCUCCAUCUUUAAAAGUAAAGUUUACAUCCAGUAAUGUUGUAAACUCUCUGUAAAUACAGCUACAGUGCCGCUGUGUAGCAGAACAGAUGGACACGCAUUUGUUUGGUGAUGUUUGUUGAGUAGAUUAGAUUUUUUUCCCAUUGAAUUAAGGCCUCUGCACAUCAGGCGCAUAACAAUUAGGCAAGCUAAAAAUGUUUUAGACUCACCUGUUAAUCACACGAACCACGUGAUGUCACCGGACAAAUUCAGAAUAAACAGAUAUGGCCAAUCAGACCACUGCAUUAGGCAACAGUUGUGCUUGUAGCUCAAAACGUGCAACAGUACUGAUUAUACCGCUCAAAUCGCUCUCUGCCUCCUGAAAUGUGGUCCCAACUCUGAGCUCAAAGUGCUCCACUGACAUCCUGAAAUAUGUACGAAAGCUUCAACUGCUGGAUCAAGCCAUCACAUUCUCCCUGCUGCUGCCUUCUCCUGAGAACUGGAUGAACCCAGAAUCUCAGUUUCUUAAUUUUCUUGUCGAGAACCAUCAGGACCAUCUCAUUAAUGCUUGAUGUCGAUUUCAUUUUUUUAUUUGUGUGCAUUUCUGAUGAUGAAUUUUUAACAAAAACUGACACUUCGGAUCCGAAAAGUUCAGAAUUUAAUGUUCUUGUUUUUUUCACAAUUCGCUUGGUGUGUAACAGCCGUUGACGCUGAGGUGGUGGUGGUAAGACAUGCAAGCAGCCACACCCAAAAUGUAAAGAAAAAUACAUAGUACCACCACCUCCACAAAGUCCACCUUCUUGGACUGAUGGUGCUCCUGAGUGUCGCUCACUAACGCUGCAAAGCAGAAUAAGUACCACCACCAUCUCCAGCUGUGGUCCAGGAUGAGAGACUAUAACGGCGACCUGAUCAGAUGACCUUAAGGAAAAACACAAGACAGGAAGGCCUGGAGCUAGGUUGUUAAGUCUAGGCUCUUUCAAAAUAAGAGCAUGGCUACUGUUGGGAUUAAAUAGGCGAUAGUAAAUUGGUGAUAUCUUUGGCACACACAGAUGAAAAUGGAUAAAACGAGUGCCGACUGUUAAAAGGACAUGUGUUGGUUGCGGGGUGGGACUGUGGGGUGACAUUAGUUUCUGAUUUGUUGAGCAUCUUCGUAGCCUCGGGUGGAAAGAACGGCAGGCUGUAGCACAUGAAAAAUGAACUUGCUUUACUUUAUUAUUUAUGAAACUGCCAAACAGACUUAUUUACUUAUUAAUCAAAGGUGCACCUCUGCGGAUGGGUCCGGCCCACUUUAACCUCCGGCCGCAGAUGAACAUAACCUGAAGGAAGCGGCGCUGGAGUCUGACUGUUUUCAGGUGGAGGAGGUUGAAAAGUUGAGCUGAAGUGGAGGAAAGGUCCAAGUCCUAGUUAUUGGUUUGGAAGUGCAUUAUGCCAAUGAGGGUCCUCACAAGUACAGCGCCGGUGUGUGCGUCUGUGUUAGUAUGCAUGUGUUGUCCUCUUUCCACCAGCUGUGCUCAGUCCUCCCUGACAUUGAAAACCUUCACUUGAAACUCUGCGUGUGUAUAAAUGAAUAUCUACAGGCGCACACCGUGUGUGUGUGUGUGUGUGCUCUGUACCUGUAGUUGUGCAUUUCUGUGUGUGUUUGAUCCACACUCUUGUGAGACAGGGAACUCUAAUUAGCUCUCACUCCUCUUUAGACCCCUUUUAGAUCCCCUCUCUUCUGCAAGCCAAGCACUCCGACAAACACACACACACACACACACACACACAGACCCACCUGAUUUCAUUAAUGUUGAUUGGCCCAGUAGGACCCCUUUGCACACACACACAUAGACAAAUACACACUCAUCCCUCCUGCCAUAAAAGCAUUUUGCACCUAUGGUGGUUUACUUACACACAAACACACACACACCUCUCCCCUGCCUCUCUCACCUUCCACACUCUUAAUUAACGAGUGAGGAAGAAAAGUGCUGAAUACAAAGAAAGACAUCGCAUUACAAUCAAAAAGAGAGAGAACGAAGGGAGGGAAAAACGAUAAGCAAGGGAGGGAAAGCGAGAGAGGGUUAAAAAGAAAGGAAGUGAGAUCCGUUUCAUUUGGUUGUUAAAAGCUGACCAGGCUAAUUGGCCAUGUAAAAAAAAAAAACGAAUUGAGGGAAAUUAAGACAGAGAAAAGGAAGUUAGAAAGGGGGAGAGGGCGAAGAAAGUGGAGAAGAUUUAGAGGUUGUGGGGUGGGAGGCUCUGAAGGAGGAAGUUAAAUGAUUGAGAUGGGGAAAGGGGAAAACUGAAGGAAUAUAGAAAAGAAACAUGGUCAAAAGUAGGAAGAGACAUGGGAGAGAAAUGGAGAUUUGGGAAAAAGAGAGAUGCAAAAAGGGAAGGAUUUGAUAGGGAAAAGGGGUGUGGAGUGAAAACAAACAAGAGAAGGGACAAAUAAGAUGGAGGAUGGAGAAAAAGGAGAAAGGUUUGACUGAGAUGGAGAAAGAGAAGAGGAAAAUGAUGUCAGAAUGAAUGAAAAGAAAGGAUAGGGAAAGGUAAGAAGAAAAGGAAGAGGAUGAUGAGUUAAAGGCAGUAAAAUGAAGCAGGGAGAAAAGGUUGAUGGAGCGAGGGGAAGAAAGCAAAGGAAGACAGGAUAAGAGUAAAUGUAUGGAAAAAGAAGAGGGAAAAAUCAAAGGAUACCAGAUGUUAGGUGGAAAGAGCAGGAUGAGAGGGUGUCCGUGCGUAUAUGGACAUCGUUUUUAUAUGGAGUCCCAGACACGUGAAGGGGGAGCAGAGGAAGGGUUAGAGAAGAAAUGAAACAGUGAGGAUUAAAAAAGAUGAACAAACCGGAGAGGAAAAGUGGGGUGCAGUAGAGGAAGAGGUGGGAAAGGAGGGCAGCAGGAGGAGGAGGAGGAGUGGAGAAGGUGGAAGACUAAGCAGGUUCCUUGGGACGGAGUUGAAAAAUGUGACCUUGUUCCGAGACCUGGUGACAUUUUCUCCACCCUGCUGAUAGACUUUUAACAAGGCAGGUCAGCGUCAUUUUUAACUACGACAGCAAACACACACACACACGUGCACGUGGGCUGGAGGUGUAUUUUAUAGUGACAGAUAUAGGUGAGAGGGAAGUGUACCGAAGCAGUUACAAAAAGGCAAGACUCAGACUCACAAAGACUCAGCGACUUCAUGUUUUGUUAUUUAUUUUAUUUUAGCAGAUAAUAAUUUGAAGAAAAGAAAUCAGUAAUAAAACAUCAGAGAAGAAAAAGGAAAAACGAGUGCUAAAAAGCGAGUUAUUCUUAGUCUGUAAAUGAAUGUUUGGAGCAGAAACAGCCAGUAAUUCACAGCUUCCUGGUUUUCUUUUGUCUUCUUUGACACUGAACUGAAUAUUUGGGCGUUUCGUGAACAAAACAAGUGAUUUGUUGAUUUGAGCUUUGGGAAAAAUGCGAUGGACACAUUUGGUGCUAUUUUGUAAGAAUGAUUAAGUACUAGACAAUUCAUUAAGGGCUUCAAGUAACAAUUACUUUUAUUACAGAUGUAUUUUUGUUGUUUAUUUGUUUUUUCUUUCCUCAAGGAAAAUAUUGGAAAGCAUUUUUGCUCAGCAUGUUGUGUUGGCCUAAGGUUUCAUUUGGUUCCACCCAACAGUCUAAAACUCAAAAUACAUACACACAGUGUUGCAACAACAUACUGUAAUAUUGAUGUUUUAAAAUGUUUGCAUAUUAUCAGAUUAUCAAUAAAAGUUUGGCGGUUUGCUUUCUUCUGUGGAUGCUCAUCCACAUGCUACAGCUGUGUUGACUGCACUUUGGAGGAUUCUUUACUUGAAGAAUUUCUGGCCUUCCACCAAAAGAAAAGUACCAAGACUGUGAGGAAGAGAGUCGAUUUAAAUUAAAGGUUAAAUUUAAUCCAUACAUAUGUCUUUAUGAAUUAUGGACCAAAAACUGCAUCUAUAGAUUUAUGCUCAGGGACACACAAUGUAGGCCUUUAUUUAAAUAUAGCAAGGUGUCGCAACUUGUCAUUAAGGGUACAGGGAGGAUCAUCAUGUGGCAUUAAAUACACAUUUUAUACUUUAUGGGGGAAAGACUUAAGCUGUGUUAAUUUUAUUAAUAAUAACUAAAUGUAAAUUUGAUCAUCAGACAAUGAGCUUGAGGGUCUGUGCGGACGUCCUAACUGUUUUUUCGUGACUCCGCAAACUGAGACCUGUGCCGUGGACUUCAAAGUAGUCGUAGUGCCUGGCCGUUGGGUCUCCAACUCCAUGUCCACAAUGUAGUAUAAUUUGACCCACAAAUAUCCCUGGAACAUGGACUGAUUUUCCUGACCGUGGGCCUCUUGUGCUCUUCCUAAACACACACACAGUUCAGUCAAACAGUAAUACAUCACGUAUUACUUUGAACUUACAUUUGCUAUUGUGAAUGUAUAUACUCUUACAUUAUUUACAUUCUUAAGUGGUCUGUAAUCUAAACAAAUGAACAGUGAGUAAAGUGCUACCUAAGGUCUCAGUCACGCAGGCCUAGAGACUGGUUGGCAACCCCCUGACAACCUCUGAGGAUGUUGGCAUUUGCUGAGUGUUGAUAGAUAAAAUCGGUCACCAAGGGAGUGCUUACCAAAAGUCUCCUUAAGAUUGCUUUGGUUGGAAUCAGAUUGUCGCUUCGAUAGAUCACGUCUGCAAACACUCGCUGAGUGGGAGCAAAACUGGGAAAAAUGGGUAAUAGAAUGGAGACUGUUGCAUCGGAUAACGCACAACUUUUAGUUUGAAGCCAAAGGCAAUCACAAAGAGGUUGUGCAACACAGUUUACUUCUUUGCAACCAAUUUCAUAUAGUGACUACCAGCAACCUCCAAGAAUACACAUUUUAGGGUAGUUGUCAGUUGGGUGUGUGUGUGUGUGACCAAAAGAUCAAGUAGUGUUUCAGGAAUGUCCUACUGGGCGGAGGCCCCGUGGUAGACCUGUUUCUCAGCUGGUGCAGAGAUGCUCGUGUGUUUCCCCACAUGAGCAGGAGAAGGUGGCUGGGGCGAGUGUGGUCUGGGCUUGUUCUGGACCCAGACCCAGAUAAGUGUCAGAAACUGGAUGGAUGUACAGUAUGAAUGGAUGGACAUCGAAUUUACCAAACACUUUUAUACUUUCAAAAAAGACCUUUACUUCAAUGAUACCGUACAUAAAAAGCAAAUGCCUGCUUUUGCCCUUGUGGGCUACAAAUGCAAGGCGAAUCCGGGCUCGUUUGGGAUGAAUUCGGCUGCGGGGCCAAUAAUUUUGCACUUCCUUAUGCAGAAUCUUUACACAUAAGUUCAAUAUUCAGGCAAAAUCUCAAAUUACGCUCUGGGUGCAGCUGCUCAAACGUGAGGCUCUGCUGCUUUGUCUGUUUUAUGUCUUUUGGACCGCAAGAUGCACAAAAAAAGACAUUAAUACAGAUUUCCUGGAACUGUGGGAGCCUGGAAUUGACAUUUUCAAAAUUUCCACCAAAGAAAGAAUAAAUAACAGGUCAAAAAUAAAACAGAUUAGUUCCAGUGGACAGUGGAAAAAUGAGCGCA